AAUAUCACUAUGAAAAGACAAAGAUCUUCCGAGAGAAAGAGCAAGAGUGUGUCUAAGAGGCGCCGUAUAGACGUCUCUUCAGAUGACAGUCGUCAGUGGUACGAGGUGAUGCUUGCCCUGGCGGCCAAAUCAGCUUGCAAACAAGUCUUUACUUCUGCUGCUCAUGAAUGGAGAGAGCACAUUAAAGACUGGUAUGAGUUGACACAUGCCAUCAACAAGUCAGAGGAGCGUAGGGAGCUUCCUACCAUACCUCAACCUACGCACCAGAUGGAGUGGUUGACAAGAGUCAAUUUUGAGCACAGAUCCAUGCGCCGUAACAUACCACAACAGAGACGUCAUAAAGACUCCUCCAAGAAACAAGACCUGAAUUCUUCUUUUUAUGUCUAUUAAAGAGGAGACUAGUAUUGGGUAUGUCUGCAUGGGUGCAGUGGUCGACAAACGUUGGAGAUACAAGCAGACUGACCGACACAACCAUUACAGUGCCACUGUGCUUGGAUGUUGUGCUAUCUGCGCUACACGCCCCUUUUAUGGGGCCUUAUGUAUAUUGCUUUACAUGGUGUAUAUUUAUAAAACACAUUUGCUGCAUGCUUUGCAGAUGUUUUUUUUUUCUGGCAAAGUUUUAUUUGCUAUAUAAGGCUGGACAAUCAUUUUAUUUUAUCUUUAAAUGUUUAACACUGUGAUGAACUUGGCGACAAUGAAAAAUUUUUAAAAUUGCUUUUCAUAUAUUGAUUCACUGCUAUUUUUUAUUUUUACCUUAU